GUGCAGUCCAAGCUGCUCUGCAAACGUCAGCCACAGACCCUCUCUCUCUCUCUCUUCUCUCACAUCAGCCGCUCUUCCUCUCUUAAGGUAGGAAACUCUACUAGUCUAACUAACUCUAACUAGUAUAAACUUCAAGCUGUACCGGUCAACCACUGAGCAAUACGCGAAUCAUUCACAAUCGAACAAAAGGAAAACAUUAUCCAACCUAAUCGAACAAACAACAUUAGAAUAGUCUACAUCUGAAAAAUGAGAAGUGACCAUCAGCUGUAAAGGGAAGAGUGUGACUGCACCGUAAUCUUUUUAAAUGAGUUUGCAAUACCAAGCAUCGACACUGAUCUGGUCCAGAUCUUCAUGACACAACCAGCCGCUGCAAGGCACAGUUUGACUGAAGUCUUCAACUUCAGUCCAGUCUUAAGCUCCAGUCCAGAGUUUGACAAAAGUCUUCAACUCCUAUCCAGAGUUUGACGGAAGUCUUCAGCUCCAGCCCAGUCUUAAGCUCUAGUCCAGAGUUUGACCAAAGACCUCAUCCCCAACUCAAACCCAAGAAGCCUGGUGAGCUUAGAACUCAAGACUCAACUCACGUGACUGACGCGCCUAAGACACACAGACACACACAGACACAAAAACACACACACACACACACACACACACACACACACACACACACACACACACACACACACACACACACACGCACACACACACACACACACACACACACACAGACCCACAGACAGACCGACCCACAGACAGACAGACAGACAGAUACAAGCCUGACAGACAGAUAGACAGACCGCCAGCCAGCCGGAUAGCCCCAAGGCCGAGACCCAGAGCCCUCCCAGGAUGGAGCGCGUGCAGCACAUGACCAAGACGGCCAUUCGCCGGGCGUCGCACAUCGAGAUGAACCCUCAGACCAAGAGGAACCUGCAGGAGCUCUUCGUCAACUUCACCCUCAUCCUCAUCUGCCUCCUGCUCAUCUACAUCAUCGUGCUGCUGAGUAGCUGAACACCCAAUGAACUGACUGGAGGUGGUGGAGGUGGUGGAGGUGGUGGAGGGGGGGGGGAGUUUGGGUUUGGCCUACUUUCUUUUUUGGGGGCAGCAGUAGCUCAAGGAGGUAGAUUGCGUUGGCUGGUAAUCCCUGAGUAAGGGUGUCACCCUACUGGCUGACACCCUGCCUGGUCGACUCCGCCGUCGCUGUGUGAAUGUGUGCAUGAAUGGGUGAAUGUCCGCCAAUAUUGUAAAGCGCUUUGGAUAAACCCACACCACCACACGCACACACUUUGACACACUCACCUAAAGGACAGAAGCACACUUAAAUAAUUUUAAAGGAGACAUAUUAUACCACCAGGUGUGAGUGUGAUUAGCCUUACAAGCCGUUUCGAAAAAUAUGACAUAUGACAUCACUAGUGGGCGUGUCCACCUAGAUCUGUGCUGGAUAUAUCAGUCUACCAGCCUACCCAGUGGACUGUAGAAAACGUUGCUCAUCUAUCCGUCAUACAUCUAGGUGGAUACGGCCAUUUGUAAUGUCAGAAGAGGCCGAUUUUCAAAACAGCUUGUAACUGCUAAUCACACUCACACCUAGUGACCUAAUAUGUAACCUUUAAAGUAAUACUCUUGAAGAUUGUCAUGUUAAUGUCUGCUAAAGGUUUGAUGUGUUCAUUCCUGCCACUAGGUGUCGCUAAAUCAAAACAACAGCAAAGGCGUAGUAGCGAGUACCGUGGCAUCAUGGGAGUUGUAGUCUUCGCCGCCAUUGCCGAAGAAAGCCCAUUUGACGUCACUGAUGUGGAAUUCCUUAUCACGGAGGAGUUAAUGUAUUAUAGGUUAAUUCACGGUACGUUUAGUCCCGUUAUGUCAGUUACUACUAUUGAAAUAGUGUAACAGUCAGUUUUAUAACAUGUAGUGCCAUUAGGUGGCGCUCCCUUUGUUUGUUGUGCAAUUUAAGGUUGAACCUGAAGCAGUGUGCGUGCUCCGCUAUGAGUAACUAUGCAGUCUACGAGUGAAUUCUCCCUUUUUAUAUGUUUUAUUUUGUAAUGAGUUGGUGUAGGUAGGAAUCUCGGGCUAUGUUCUUUGACGCAUGUAUGCUUAAUAGAUAUAGUGCCGUUGAGACCUGUACUGUGUUCCAAUAUCCAUACUUCCAUGAGUACACUUAAACACAGUACACCACACUCACUAAAUGCCCUAAUUUUCAGAUGUCAGUCAUGUAAAAAUCAAUUACUCCGUGGUGCACUAACCGCAAAUUACGAUCAUGACUGCCUCCGCGGCUCCUCCCCCGCAAUAAACAUCCCGCUUUGGACUGUAAACUCUUAUGCCUAGCAGCUAUAAAAAGCUAUAACAGCUAUGAAAACUACAAAACGACUCCAUUAAUUCAGGCUAUCUGGAAAAUGCGCCGACGUUGGCUCAGCCUGGCUCCGCCCUCUUCCGCCAUGUGGCUAAGAUGGCUGCCGAUGAGUACGAAAAAUGUGCAUCUAUCCACACUGUGCGGUUUGACCUUUUUUUAGUACACUUAUUUUCGCCCCGAUCUUAAUUGGAACGCCCUGCGUACUCAAGCUAAGUAUAGUGAGUGCGGAUAGUGUGGAUAUUGGAACGCAGCACUGGGUUGAUAUGGUUGAUGGUUGAAUCCCACAUGUUGCCUACAGUGACAUCCCACGUUAUAACAGCCACAAGUAACAUAGCGUUAACUUGCCAACUUACAAUUUGAGUGUUGAUAUCUGUGGUCAAAAUAAUCAUAAUAAACAUAAUGAGCAUGUUGGACGUUGUUUAUACUUCAUAACGUUACGGUACGCAUUACAGUGUUUCCCACAGAAUUCGGUUUUGCUUCGCAGAGGUAGCUGAUGUUGAAAGUGUUUUUGGUUUGUUUUUUGAAGUUAAAAAGAUAUUCAACAGAUAUUCUGCUCUGAAUUGCAGUGAUGUGACGCAGGGAACUAGGGUCGCUAUCAUCGGUACGCUUUCCUGUGCAACAUUUCAUAGCAUUUUGAAGCUAAGCUAUAGAGCACACAUGGCAAUUAUAUGAAAACCGCUAUUGACCCAACUUUAGCUCUGCUUGGCUCUGGGUCUCUAGAUGUUUUGUGGACAAAACUGAUUGAAAAUGAUAAUAGUGUUGCACUUUUACUGUUCAUACUGUCCUUGGCUGUGUGCACGAGAGUUAGUUGAGUUACUUCGUGAAACACUUAAGAACUUAAGUUUUUUCAAUCAAGAUUCAUAUUAUAAUGCACGCACACACACACACGGACACACACACACAACCACGUGAACAGGUUCAAUGUUUAAGGAUUUUACUGUUUCAUAACAUAGAACAGAAACCAUGAUAUAAAUAUAAACACUAUCAUUCUAGGAAUUUUCAUUAUUAUUGUAUUGUAUACUUCUCACAAAAUCGACUGUACACAAUAUUGUGCAGGGUUGCAAAAAAAAUAUCACAUUCAUGAACAAAGCAUAUUAUUUAUUACAAACGAUCAAAAGUAAGACUUGGUUUAUAUAUACUGAAAUUACUUGGACUGUCACCUCCUGAAGAAAAACCUUUCCAGCACUUUUACAUUUAUUGGAGCAAACUCCUGCAACAUGACAACGUUAGUUUAUGAAUGCCCAUUCAGAUCAUUAAAAAACAAUGCCAUUUCUAAACAAUGUUUAAAAUAGUAAAAAAUAUAUAUUGAAAAUUCACACAUUAGCAUAGUAAACAGGAGACUACUAUAAUUUAGUUUUCAUUUGGUUAAUUUAAAAGGAUUAGAUAUGGAAGAACUUUAAGUUUGUGCAUUUAAGUAAAAAAUAAAGUGACGUUGUGAACAUGCCAAAAUCCUAAUCGAUUAUCGAGUGCAGAUACAUCCUUUUUCCUUGAGUGGAGGUAUAUAUUUCAUAACGUUUUGAAUAUUCUCAAAAUUUAAACCAAAAUUUCUCUAAUGGGAAGUUUAAUCAAAACUCUUUGACAAUAAAGUAACGGGGGCUAAGUCUUUGAAUGUAGAAAUGUAUUAUCAGGUUGUGGAGUGACGUACGGCGUUUGGCCAGCAGUUGACUGGAUUGGAGAAUAAUGUUUGGAGCACUACGGAUCUGCCGGGUUGUCCCACAAAGGUAUAAUGCAUAAAGGCUUUAAUGUUGAUUGCUUGUAUGCAGGAAAACACAAUGUAAAUCAUUGUAAUACUUCACAGUGUUCAAGGUAGGGCUAAUUGGUCAAGAGGCGUGCCCCAUAUUUAUUUGCAUUUUAGUUUAAUUGUUGCAAAUAAAUGGAUGAAUUCG